AUGCGGACAGAUUUUGGCUGCCUGGGAGGAAAGGCCUUUGACAUCACAUAUGUGCGUUUGAAGUUUCACACCAGUCGGCCUGAAAGCUUUGCAAUCUACAAGCGCACCAGAGAAGAUGGCCCAUGGGUGCCCUACCAAUAUUACAGUGGCUCCUGUGAGAGCACGUAUCACAAAGUCAAUCGUGGCUUUAUUCGGACUGGGGAGGAUGAGCAGCAGGCACUCUGCACGGAUGAGUUCAGUGACAUCUCCCCCCUCACUGGAGGCAACGUUGCAUUCUCAACACUGGAGGGGCGUCCCAGUGCCUAUAACUUUGACAACAGCCCUGUGCUACAGGAAUGGGUGACGGCUACAGAUAUUAGAGUGACCCUCAACCGUCUGAACACAUUUGGAGAUGAAGUUUUCAAUGACCCAAAAGUUCUCAAGUCUUAUUACUAUGCAAUUUCUGAUUUUGCUGUGGGUGGUAGAUGUAAAUGUAAUGGGCAUGCAAGUGAGUGUGUGAAGAAUGAGUUUGGGAAGCUGGUCUGCAACUGCAAACACAACACCUUCGGGGCUGACUGUGAAAAGUGUCUUCCUUUCUUCAACGACCGUCCGUGGAGGAGAGCAACAGCAGAGAGUGCCAAUGAAUGCUUACCUUGUGACUGCAACGGGAGGUCGCAGGAGUGCUUCUUCGACCCUGAGCUGUACCGCUCGACAGGCCACGGGGGCCACUGCACGGGCUGCUCGGAUAACACCGAUGGUGCCCACUGCGAAAGGUGCAGGGACAGCUUCUAUCGCCUAGGGAGCGAGGAGGGAUGUCUGCCCUGCAGCUGCAACCCAGUUGGCUCCCUCAGCACGCAGUGCGAUAGCUACGGUCAGUGCAGCUGCAAGCCCGGCGUGAUGGGUGACAAGUGUGACUGGUGCCAGCCAGGUUUCCACUCCCUCUCUGAAGCUGGGUGCAGGCCCUGCUCUUGCAAUCUGGCUGGCAGCACAGGGGAAUGUAACGUUGAGACAGGACGGUGUACAUGCAAGGACAAUGUUGAAGGCUUCCACUGUGAGAGAUGCAAACCUGGAUUUUUCCAUCUGGAUUCCUCCAAUCCAAGGGGCUGUACCCCCUGCUUCUGUUUUGGACACUCUUCGGUCUGCUCUAACGCCAUUGGCUACAGUAUCCACAGCAUCACCUCCAGCUUCCAGUUUGGAGAGGAUGAGUGGCGUGCUGAGCAGCGCGAUGGCUCAGAAGUCUUACUCCAGUGGAGUGCGGAGACCCAGGAUAUCUCUGUUAUCUCCGACAGCUACUUCCCCAUGUAUUUUGUUGCACCACGCAAGUUCUUGGGCAACCAGGUUUUGAGUUACGGGCAAAAUCUGACCUUCUCCUUCCGUGUGGACAGACGGGACACACGCCUCUCUGCAGAGGACCUGGUGCUGGAAGGGGCUGGGCUGCGAGUGUCAGUGCCACUCAUUGCCCAGGGCAACCCUUACCCUAGUGAGAACGUGCUGAUCUAUACCUUCAGGCUCCAUGAGGCUACGGAUUACCCUUGGAGGCCUGGUCUUACGGCAUUUGACUUCCAGAAGCUUCUCCACAACUUGACUUCUAUCAAGAUCCGUGGGACAUACAGUGAGAAGAGUGCUGGCCACCUGGAUGACGUUACCAUCACAAGCGCUCGUCCUGGACCAGGUGUGCCCGCAGCCUGGGUGGAGAGCUGCUCCUGUCCAGCAGGAUAUGAGGGGCAGUUUUGUGAGCGCUGUUCCUCCGGGUACCGGCGAGAGACACCAAGCCUUGGGCCCUACAGCCCCUGUGUGCCUUGUGCCUGCAACGGGCACAGUGAGACAUGUGAGCCCGAGACAGGUGUGUGCAAUUGCAGGGAUAACACAGCGGGGUCUCACUGUGAGAAGUGCAGUGAUGGGUAUUACGGAGAUGCGACAGUGGGCAUGGCCUCAGACUGCCAGCCCUGCCCAUGCCCAGGCAGCUCGAGCUGUGCCAUCGUGCCCCGCACGAAGGAGGUUGUGUGCACCAACUGCCAGGCUGGCACUACAGGCAAGAGGUGCGAGCUGUGUGACGAUGCCUAUUUCGGAGACCCGCUGGGUGAAAAUGGUGCUGUGAGGCCUUGCCGCCUCUGCCAGUGCAACGACAACAUCGAUCCCAAUGCCGUGGGCAACUGCGACCGCCAGACGGGCGAGUGCCUCAAGUGCAUCUACAACACGGCUGGCUUCUACUGUGACCGCUGCAAAGACGGCUUCUUCGGGAACCCCCUGGCCCCUGAUCCUGUCGACAAGUGCAGAGCUUGUCACUGCAAUCCCUACGGCACUGUGAAUCAGCAGACAAGUUGCAAUCAAGUGACGGGGCAGUGCGAGUGCCUGUCUCAUGUCACCGGGAGGGACUGCAGUUCCUGUGAGCCUGGCUUCUUCAACCUCCAGAGUGGACAUGGCUGUGAGAGGUGCAGCUGCAAUGCGCUGGGCUCCACCGACGGCCAGUGUGACAUCCACACUGGGCAGUGUGAGUGCCAGCCCGGCGUUGCCGGCCAGCAGUGCGACAGAUGUGAGGUCAAUCACUUCGGCUUCAGCUCCGAAGGCUGUAAACCCUGUGACUGUGAUCCCGAGGGUUCACGCUCCCUGCAGUGCUGGGAGAACGGUCACUGCGAGUGCAAGGAAGGCUUCGUGGGGAGCCGCUGCGACCAGUGUGAAGAGAACUAUUUCUAUAACCGCUCGUGGCCAGGCUGCCAAGAGUGUCCGGCCUGUUACAGAUUAGUGAAAGAUAAGGUGGCAGAGCAAAGAGAGAGGCUGCAGGAGCUGGAAAAUAUUAUAGCAAAUCUGGGUACAGGAGAAGAAACUGUAACUGAUCAAGCUUUUGAAGAGAGGUUGAAGCAGACAGAAAGAGAUGUUAUGGAAUUGCUCCGGGAAGCACAAAACAGCAAAGACGUAGAUCAGGGCCUGGUGGAUCGUCUCAAAGACAUCAACAGCACACUAGCAAGUCAGUUCAACAGACUGAGGAACAUCCAGGGCACAGUGCAGGAGACAGAGAACCUGGCAGAGCAAGCCCGGGUGCGGGUGGAGGACACAGAGGAUCUGAUCAGCUUAGCUUCCAACAUGCUUGAGAAGGCAAAGAUGUCAGCUGCCAACGUGUCCAUUACACCUCCGGAGUCAAGUGGGGACCCUAACAACAUGACCCUCUUGGCAGAAGAGGCCCGUAAACUGGCUGAAAGACACAAAAAAGAAGCUGAUGAGAUUGUUCGCACAGCCAAGGCAGCAAAUGAUACUUCCACAGAAGCAUAUCAGCUCCUGCUGAAGACCCUGGCUCGAGAAAACCAGACUGCAGAUGACAUUGAUCAGCUCAACCAGAAGUAUAAUCAAGCAAGGACCAUUUCUCGAGACCUAGAGAAGCAGGCCAACAAGGUGCUUGCAGAGGCAGAGGAAGCUGGAAAUAAAGCCCUGCAGAUCUACGCUAAUCUCACCAGUCUGCCGACUGUGGAUUCCACAGGGCUGGAGAAUGAAGCAAAUAAGAUCAAGAAGGAAGCAGAGGAGUUAGAUCAGCUGAUUGCCAGGAAGCUAAAAGAUUAUGAGAACUUGAGAGAAGACAUGAAAGGAAAGGAGCUCGAAGUAAAGAACCUCUUGGAGAAAGGCAGGACAGAGCAGCAGACAGCAGACCAGCUCUUGGCUCGAGCAGAUGCAGCGAAAGCCCUGGCUGAAGAAGCUGCUCGGAAGGGCAACGGCACACUACAGGAGGCUAAUACCAUUCUCAGCAACCUGAAGGAUUUUGAUAAGCGGGUGAAUGAUAACAAGACAGCAGCUGAGGAGGCACUGAAAAAGAUUCCUGCCAUUACCCAGAUCAUUGCUGAAGCCAACAAUAAGACACGCCAGGCAGAGCUGGCGCUUGGCAAUGCUGCCACUGAUGCCCGUGAAGCCAAGACUAGAGCAGAUGAUGCUGAGAAAAUCGCUGCUUCUGUUCAGAAGAGUGCUGCUGCUACCAAGGCUGAAGCUGACAAGACUUUUGCUGAUGUGACGGGGCUGGCCAGAGAAGUGGAUGACAUGAUGAAGCAACUACAGAAUGCAGAAAAAGAGCUGAAACGGAAGCAGGAUGAUGCUGAUCAGGACAUGAUGAUGGCAGGGAUGGCCUCACAGGCUGCCCAGGAGGCAGAAGACAAUGCAAGAAAAGCAAAGAACUCUGUGAACAGCUUGCUCGCUGUCAUUAAUGAGCUGCUGGAUCAGUUAGGGCAAUUGGAGACAGUGGACUUGAACAAACUGAAUGAAAUUGAGGGUACCCUGAACAAUGCCAAAGACCAGAUGAAAGGUAGCGACCUGGACCAGAAAGUGUCUUUCCUUGAGAGGGAAGCCAGGAAGCAAGAUGAUGCGAUACAGGCCUACAACAGGGACAUUGAAGAGAUCCUGAAGGACAUUAACAACCUGGAGGACAUCAAGAAGACCUUGCCGUCUGGCUGUUUCAACACCCCGUCCAUAGAGAAACCCUAAGGGUGUGCUGGGGGUGAGGGGUAUUCCUCUGGUGAGCGGUGGAACAGUGGUUUGGCUAUGGAGUGCCUUAACACACAUUACCUAUUCUUCAAAUCCCCAACUCUUCGCUCCUCGCAGCCACUGUUUUCUUUUCAAAUCAGGAUAAGCUGAAAGGGUUUUUGUUUUUGUUUUUUUUUUUAAAGAGAAGCAAACUAAAUAUCCGUCUUUGGGCAUCAAAGGGUUUUUUAUAUAAAUUGUCUUCCUGAGCACUCUGCCUUUGCCCCUUUCUCAGACACAGUUUCCCUUUGAUUAGCGCAAGGAUGAGAGAUGCUCUGGACUCUUUAUACUGUGGUUCAGAAAUAACCAUGUGAGCUGUGUACAGCAAGGCAAAACUAACCCUUCUUUCUCUCCUUUUUUCUCUCCUCAACUGUAAAAUCCUUGGUCCCAGAGCGCUCUCUCCCUGUGAAGGAAGGGGAUGGCUACCAAAGUAUUACUGUAAUGGCCAGUAUAGCUGCACUCAUUCAGAUCCCUCUUCCCAACUUCUAACCCUGUGAACGUAUUUUUUUUAUCAUUAACUAGUGGCCAAUCUGACAGCAUUGGUAGCCUUUGACAAAAUAGCUGAAGCCUCUUUCUGAAAUGCUCUCUGUGAUGAUGCAUCACUCGGAGAAAAAUGCAGCCUCUGAGAGGAGCUCUUUGGGAAGAUGGGAUUCUGGUGGAGCGGUAGGUCUUUACUGGUGGAGCAAAAGGUCUUGCCAACUCCACUCCUGGUUUGUGGAGAAGUUUUGGGUCUGGUCUGUAAGCAGCUGCCUGCCGGGUAGUUCAGGCCGGGAAGUAUGGAAGCCAUGAGCUGCGUUCCCAUCCUUCCCAUCCGUAGGUGUUGCUACUGAAUUGACAGAGGAUCUGGGGUGGUUUUAGGCUGUGAAGGUCUGAUUGAUGGAUUAGUUGCUUCAGGCAGGAAAAAUCUUGCUGAAGAGGAGCUGCCAUCCAAAGAGCUCUGAUGGCAGCACUUGCCUUCACACUGAAUGUCUUUGAAUGGGGAAGGAAGGGGCAUGCAAAUGGAAAUGAAAAGGUCUUUCUCCCCAUGGUUUUCCUGAAGGACAGUGGCAUUUUUAUAUCUUCUAGCAUUGCUCUUGCCUCUUGUGUGUUUUUAAGCUGGCAGAAAGAGCUGGAGCUUACUGGUGCCCUCCUUUCUUUUUGCCUACUGGUCUCACGGUCACUGUAAAGCCACCGUGGCACAGGGACUUCAGGCCAGGCUCGGGUGGCAGGUCUGCAUUUCACACCGCCACGGCUCCCUGUCCAGGUCGUGCCUCCCAGCUGCUUACUGGUGCUGGGUGGGAGCUGCAGGGAGCCCCCUGCCCCUCCUCCGGCCCUCCCCUGAUACAAGAGCAUCCUCUGUGGCUUCCUCCUUGCUCCAGCCUGGCGUCCCUCCCCCCUUCCUUGAGAUCCAAUAUAUAUCUAUCCUUAAACACUAUGCAACUUUGUACGUUUGCGUAGCGGGGAAGAAAUUAUCUGACACACACUGGUGCUAUUAAUUAUUUCAAAUUUAUAUUUUUUGUGUGAAUGUGAUUUUUUUUUUUCUGUUUUUUUUUAUCAUGAUUAUAGUGUGAGCAAGUCUCUCGUGUGUGCGUAUGUGUGUGUAAAUAUACUCAGCCAUAUUUCCAGAGUGGCACAGCCUGGCCUCCUCUAUGUGCUUUCCCUUACAGCCAUCGGGGCAUGUGCAGUGUGUGGCGCUUCUCUUAUUAUUCCCUUGGAGCUCGGCAUUUCCCCUAGCUGGGCUCAUGCUUUCUUCCCUCUCCCGUAUCCUUUGCACCCAUGUAGGCAUCAGCAGUAGCCACAUUGCCUUUUGGGUGGUCGCUUUCUAGCCCUCCCUCCAAAGCCAGCCCUGACACAUGGCGUUGGCAGCUCCCCGCUCCAUGUCCUCCAUCCCCUGGGAUGUGCCGGGAGGAGAGAGCCAGGGCUGGGGCUUUGCAGCGGGACUGUGAGGAGCUGUAGCACUGGUGGGUGACCAGACCUGGUGUAGGGGUAGUGGGAGAGCUGGACUUGGGGACAGCUUGGUACUGCUGCAGGAGGCUUAGCACGACCCUGGGCGUGGCACUGCUGGGCAGGGAGUGUUCUCGGCAAACCCUGUAUCUCUCUUGUACCCCUUCUCGUAGAAAUUCUCACAAUUUACCAGCUUGGAGUUUCCCCCUGCCUGCAAACACACUUAAUAUCCAGAGGAGAGCUUACCUGUGCUGGCUCACGUGUGUGGGCCGUUGGGGUGGGUGUCUUGGCCAGCUGCUCUGGUCAGAUGGCUGGCUGUAACCGUGUCACCUCUCUGCCAAGGCUGUGAGAAGAGCGGAUGUGAAGAUGCACGCAUGCCCUGGCUGACCUCAGGCCUAAGGUUUCCUUCUUUAGUCUUUUUUUUUUUUUCCCCCUUAAUCUGUUUUUAACAGAAUUUUAUUUUUAAAUAAAAAAAAAUCUUUAUAAGCAAUCUCUUAAUCACUACUGCAUUGCAGCCAUUAUUCAUUGUAUAAGUCCAGUUAUUUCUUUACAUAAUGUGAUGAUGUGACAGCUGCUGGUGGAGUGCUGGAUGUCACGGGCAAUGUGUGACAGUCCCUUUUCAUCACCUUAUUCCUGGCUGUGGCCCCCUCAGUACGUGCCUUCACUCCAGCUUUUUGCCUUAAUCUGUGGUCUUGCUGUCUGGGGUGGUGAACAAAAUGCAACACUUGCAGUUUUUAUGUAUAAAACAGUAUUUCUUAUUUAUAAUAAAGUCUGAAUAUUUGUAACCCCUUA